AAUGGCGAAAGGAAAUGAGUUUUGGUUAAUAUGCAAUGUUCGUAAUUAGCAUAAUUUAUAUAUUUAUGAUAAAGAGAGGCAAACACAUAAUAUUCGAUCCCCGCGCACGCGACGAUCAGAUGGUUUGUGUCGCCUGCGCUCGGCGGCCACAGCUUGGCGUCCGAAGUGGCCGCCGCCGUGGGACUUUUAUUGGACAGGAUGGGGGUGGGGAGCCCCGUCAACAGCCGAGGAAGUUUUUGACAGAUCCCCGCGUCCGACGGGUCACUGCGGCGGGGAACGCAUCACCUUCCGCCUCGCUUUGGACGCGUGGCGAAUUCGGAACCACUUCGCGUCCGUUACCAGCGUGUUCCACUGCGCUUCCCGCAGCUUUAGUCUGGCCUGUUUAUAGGCCCCUCCAAAUAGUCUGGUCGUGCGCUGACAGAAAUAGACACGAAUUAAAACCAGCCCCCCCCCCUGCAUUUGGCUCCAUUUUAACCAGCAUUCGCCUCCUAAGUACAGAUGCUGCAGGCUGUAAUGAAACUUUUUACGUUUUGCAAAGCAGAUUGCGACUGAAGAAUUCCGAGCUAGGGGUGAUUUCAUCAGCUCUCAACUUGCUUCACGUCGCGUAGUUCACGGGAACAGGUCCACAAGUGCAUGAAGUGCAUUUAAGCAACCCUCCGGCGUCCUUAAUAAAAAUAAUAAUGAUAAAAUACCCCAGCUCCUCCAGAUGACGUCACCCGGAGGAGUGUGGUUGCUCUGGAGCUGGACUUUCAGGCCACUCACUCCUCCAGAUGAGUUGAACCGAAACCUCCCCGGGUGAUGACCUCUGUCAGCUGGCGGCAGUGAGACCGCACGGUUGCCUUUCGAGCGCGUCCCCAGGUUGUUGACCCGCUGUUCCUCUGCCCAGAAUGCCAGGGCGCCGGCGCCGUGCUGCAGCCAGCCAUGAACUCCCAGGAUCUUCCUGCCAAAGGUGCCGCCCUCACUGUCAAUGAGCAGCCAUUCACUGUCUGACUGCAGAAGUCUUUUUUCAGCCAUUUAAACCCUGCACUUUGAAAUUCCCUGCCAAAGACAACCAGGUCAUCGUGAUGUCCGGCCAUGAGACCAUCCGUGUGCUUGAGGUAGAGGUCGAUGCGCCUCUGCCAUCGUCGGCAUCCGAUGUUCAGAAUGAAGGCAAGGCUGAGGAGGAGGUGGCUCGACCUGCGGCGAACCCAGAGGCCACCAGGACCCAGGAGAGCACCACCGUAGCCCAGAGCACCGGCGGAAUAGUGCUGGGUGAGCAGCAGGUGCUGUCUGUGGAGGCUCCAGCCGCUGCGGUCCCAACGCUAACCCCUGCUGUUCCCAUCAGCGUGUCCCUGUCGCAGGCCCAGGCCACCAUGCCCAUCACUGUACAAGGCUGCCCACAGGUCCUUACCCAGGAAAGUCUGGCCACGCUGAUGACUGGUAUGAUGGCUCAGACAGGGUCCCUGGGCCAGCCCCUGCUCAUCCCUCUCAGCAUGGGGGGAUCCAUUGGAGGCCAGGGUGGCCUGGCUGUUCUCACCCUUCCUACCACUAACGUAGCCACGCUCCCAGGCCUGGCGGCAGCGACCCCGGCUGGGAGCCUCCUCAAGCUGCCCUUCGCUGGCCUCCAAGCUGCAACUGUCCUGAACUCGGUCCAGCCUCAGCUGCAGACCAACCCCCAGGCCGUGUUCCAGCCUCAAGCGGCUUCGGUGCAGGCGGCUGUGCAGCAGGUGACGUCUCAGCCAGUGCAGGUCACCAACGCUCAGGCGGCGCAGGCGCCUUCGCCGUCCACCACGGUCUCUCAGUCCAACAUAUCUGUGGCGGCGCUGCAGACAGCUGGACUCUCCAUCAACCCUGCUAUUAUCAAUGCCGCUUCCUUGGGAGCUCAACCUCAGUUUCUCAGCUCCCUCGCUUCCACUCCCAUCAUCACCAGUGCUAUGUCCAAUAUGGCCGGCAUCACCAGCCAGAUCAUCACAAAUGCCCAGGGACAGGUGAUAGGAACCCUCCCACUGUUGGUGAACCCUGCCUCGCUAGGCGGAGGGGCAGCUGCUCCCACCCUCCCCCUGCAGGGUCUGCAGGUCCAGACCAUCACCCCGCAGCUGCUUCUCAACACACAAGGCCAGAUCAUCGCCGCUGUGGGGAACGGAGCUGCUACGGUAGCGACGUCGGCUGCAGUUCUCACCAAAGCCGCAGCUCCUCCAACGCUCAGCAAACCUAACACACAGGCUUCAGUAACAACUGUCAGUCAGGCACCAGUUGUCAUCGCCCCACAGCCGUCUGUACUGAAGACGCCCACGACGCUCUCCUCCACGGUCCCCAUCACCUGUGGAGACAUAGCAAAAGUGGGCCAGCUUGUCAGCAAACCCCAGCAGAUAGUCAGCAGCGAGGAGGGCAUUAAUCUGGAGGAAAUCCGGGAGUUUGCCAAGAACUUCAAGAUCCGUCGCCUGUCCCUGGGGCUCACUCAGACACAAGUAGGACAGGCUCUGACUGCUACGGAGGGUCCGGCCUACAGCCAGUCCGCCAUUUGCAGGUUUGAAAAGCUGGAUAUCACCCCCAAGAGCGCCCAGAAGCUGAAGCCGGUGUUGGAGAAGUGGCUGGCCGAAGCCGAGCACUGGAACCAGAAGGGCCAGCAGAAUCUGAUGGAGUUCGUAGGCGGCGAGCCCUCCAAGAAGCGCAAGCGGCGCACCAGCUUCACGCCGCAAGCAAUAGAGGUGCUCAACUCGUACUUCGAGAAGAACGCGCUGCCGACCGGCCAGGAGAUCACGGAGAUAGCCAGGGAGCUGAACUAUGACCGAGAGGUGGUGCGGGUGUGGUUCUGCAACCGCCGACAGACGCUGAAAAACACGAGCAAGAUCAACGUCUUCCAGGUCCAGUAGGAGCCUCGUUCUGAGAGGUCCCCACUCAUCUUCUGUCCCUCUUGGGCAGCUGAGCAAUUAUUGCAGCAACACAGUUGCAAAAGUAAUUUUAUCUCCUUUGAGACUGAAUGAAUAUAAACUUUUAUAAAAAACAAAACAAAACAUGGAGGUAAUUACACAUGGCUGAAGUAUUUUAUGGCUCUACAUGUGUACAAUGGGUACUAGAUCAAACUGCAUGGUCCUCUCAUCAUGUACACUUUUAAUAACAUCAUAUUCAUAUUUAAAAAUAUAUUGAGCUUUUAUACCAGUGUUUUUUAUAGGCUGCUCUUGUCAAUUCUAUUUAGUGGGCGUGUGUUUUAAUAUAAUUACUGACACGAUGACUGACAAUACGCUCAUGUUUGAAUAAUGUGAAUGUUUUCAAGAGUUGAACUGCUCAUCUGUUUUCUAUAUACGUAGUCUUUUUACUGCAUGAGCAGCUCUUCAAACAUCGGUAAGAUUCUGACUGGCCAUAAGCAGGCAUCGCAUCGCUAGUCUUAGUUUUGUAAGAACUAAUGUUGAAGGAAUGCCAGAAAUCAUUUUGCCCUCUGUGGACUCCAAAAAGUGUUUUAUGACAAUCUUUUGCUUUUAGUGUUUGUGAGGGACGAUCACAAGGAUGAGUUUAAUGUGCAGUUGCUUCCUCUACUUAAUCUGACUUUGGUCAUUUGAUUCGGUGGCGUCACACUGUCGGCUGUUCACACAGAGGCCAGUUCUGAUGUUCUAUCAACAGCAAGUUCCUUUCAAAAUAAAGCUCUAGUUUUGGCUGCUGUCAACUAAUCUUAGUUUUUUUUAGAUAUAAAGUUUGUUUGUCUGUGAGUUACUGAUACACAUACUGUGUGAGUGCGUGUGCGUGUGUGUGUGUGUAGGUGAUGUAAGUUUGCUGCAGUGUGUCCUGUUUUUACACUCAGUGUUUUAUGUGUUUAUCAUACUCUGAGAGUAUCGUGUUUUCAUCAUUGCUCACUGUUGUGACAGUUCCAUUAAUGGCUUAAUGACACUUUUCAUCUUGAAUUAGACAAAGUGUGUAUGCAAAAUAAGAGCUUAAUAGGUCUAUUAUGAAGUCAGCUGAAACAUUAGUGCCAGAUUUUCUUAGCCUAAUAUGAAUCAAAUUGAUUAACUGACAUAAAACAUGUAGCCAACAAAUGUUUAAUGUGUUAUUAGUUUAAUCUUGAAUAAGAUGAAAUUGUGCAUGUACAGUAUAAAGUUAUUUUAUGUAGGAACAGUGUUAUGGCAGUUUUCUUUACCUUAUGUAAUUCAACGCAAGUUCUUUGCACUUUAGUGAAGAUGGGAAGUUAAAGGGUUUUAAAUGCACGGUGCAAAGUUUUGGUUAUUGUUGGUCUCAAUCCUUGUUGAAGAACUGAAUUUCUGUAUUUUGACAGUUUUAAGAGAGACAGAAACUUUGCUUUGAAAAAUGUAGCAGUACUGGAAAAGUAUGUCAACUUGACAAGAAACAUCUGUUGAAACUAAUUUGCUUUUUAUGCAGUUGAAUUGUAAAAUACUGCAGAAGAAAUAAAAAACUAAUAUGCAUUAAUCUUUAAAACAUUUUCUUUACUAUAUCUGAAUUUGUUAAAUUUUAUGUUACAAAACACAUCUGUAAAAGCGUAGGCUUACAUUGCAUAUCAUACUAUUAAACUAAUUAAUAUCAGAAAAGGUUUUGCCUUUAUGGUUGUGUAAGUUUUAAUGUUGGUUAAAAUACAAUACUGUUUAUUGUUCUAAGUUAUCAAUGGAGGAGAAAUAGAAGAACUAACAAUAGCUGUUAGCUAUUUGACUUUGCAAAGCACAUACAAUUUCAGAUCUUAGAGACAUAAGAGAAAAAUAAAAGUUGGAUGCUUUUUGUUAUUUUCUGUCAGGUGAUACAAUAAAAUUAAACUUUAAUAACCACUCAG